ACAAAGCUUAUGAUCUAAUCAAAUAAAACUUCAGAAUUAAAACUUUAACAGAAUCUAUUUCAAGUAUUUGAAGUUAUUAUAAAGACUUAUAAAGAAAAAAGUCGUAUGGACAUGAUAGUAUGAUAAUAGAGUCAUAAAGUUCUUGAAAUGGAGUCUGGAUGUCAAAGCCCGAUUUUAAUGUUGUGAUUAAAGCCUCUUGACUCCUUGAUUGUCACACUGUUUAAUACUGUGUGUUUCAUGCGUGACAGCGAACUGCAGAGUGCAGACGCCAGAAAAUUUAUGUGAGAGCUUCCCCCCAACUGAUCUGGUCACAGCAGCUGUGCCACGGUGCGGAUUAGUGGGUAGAAAAUUAUGGACCCCUCCUCCACGGAACCCUUGGAUUUGUGCGGCGUCAGUUUUGACGAGAGCUACCGUAACGUCCUGGAAACCCGCGAAGAACUGGAGUUGCUGCUGCCUGCAGCGCUGGAUUUGGCGGGGAACCGCGAUGAACUGCUGCGACUGUCCAUGACGGUGAAUAAGAUGCUUCAGUCGUGCGGGACCAUCCGGAGGGAAAUCCUUAGCAGAAUUGUCCAGAUAGACCAUAACAGUCGUGAUGCCCCCUCCCGUCUGCCAUCCACCAUGGUCCCCACCACACGCUCCUCACCGGUUACCGUGCACUCAGCCAGUAAUUUUACUCAACCGCCGUCAGCCGCAGCAGUCCCCGUCCAAUCCGCUCCCAGUGUGCCUUUGGGAACCGCGCGUUCCACGAUGAGCAGUGUUCCCGCGCCUGCUUCCUCACGUUCCAGUUCGGUUACGCACGCUAAAUCCCCCAUGUCCGCACCCGAUCAGGCCGGCCAGUGCAACGGGGAAACGGCGCUCAAUGGAUCCACUGGCGCGUACUCGGAUGUGCUGGAUCUCGGCAAGAUUAAACCGCUGCCGGUUAAUGGACUCAGCGAAGAAAUGCUCGACGGUCUCCCUAUAAUGCGAGUGUGGUUCCCCUUCUUGAAUCCGGCAACCACUCCAGAAUCGCUGCAAGCCGGACUGAGAGCCCUCGGUUACGUUGUGAAGAAUAUGGAGCUGUAUCGCUGGCAAAAUAACAAAUUCCGCGGUUGUGGUUGGGUGGAAUUAAACAGAGCACAUCACAUAUGGGAAUUGAUUGGGCGAUCCGAUGUGGUUAUCGACGGAUGGAUUGUUACGCCGAAACUCCGCAUUGAAGAGAUGGAAAUCCCGCACGUAAACGGCAUAGGACCGGAAGACAUCCAGGAAACGUUGGAUCUGACACCAAGAGAUAUUUUUGGACGAGAUUUAUCGGAUCCGGAGGAUCUGGAGGCCUACCAGUGUCUACAGCUGUUUAUGUUGAACAACUGGCUGCCGGUUACGCAUCCACAGGACAGCUACACGCAGCGACGAGCAAAGGAAUUGCCUUUCGAAUCCGAUGAGGCUGGUUUGAAUCAUAGUGAAUAGAAGAAUGAAGAAAGAGAAUUUUGGGCUUGGUUACUUCAUUGUACAGAUUUACCGUUUGCUCCUGGGCCGAACUGUCCUGGAUCUUUUGCACAAGACUGGUUAACGCUUUUGUUCGAUUUUCAUAAUAUUCGUUAAAAUGCAUUUUUUAGACUGUGGUUUAGACUCGUGAUAAAAUGUGUGCAAAACAGGUUUUGCCUUAUAAGGCCUGUUUUUGGCUGGAAUUUACUCGAAAUCUGGGUUGUGAACCUUGCAUAAAUAUUAAAAGGUUUG